AUGGCGGGUGGCAGCCCGGCAAAAGAGGAGGUACAGACGCCUCGUGAGUUGGAGAUGCAGAUGGAAGAGAAGGUCGUGCAGCGGAAUCAGCCUCGUCGCAAGAGGAAUCGAGCUGACCUUGCUGAUGAGCUCGAGUUCUUCACGGACCUCCGCAAUACGCUGAUGAAGAAGAAGAAGAAGAAGCAGAAGAAGGACAAGGGCACGCCCGAGAAGGAGAGGUUCGAUUCUUCCAACUCCUACCGUAGUUUGGGCACGCAGAAGGGGCUUGGUUUUCUCGACAAUCGUAUCAAGGUCUUGCGCAAGCGGAUGGGGAUAACUGCCGGAACUGCCCACACCUCCCCCGCGAUCUCUGAUCUGUCGGACCCCUCGGGGAAGCAUAUGAAUGGUCUCAGUGAUCUGAGUUCGACAUUAGGAGCAGAUCCAAUUUCAGAUGAUGAUGAUGGUGCUGAUGGUUCUGGUGACGACGAGGAAGAGGAUAAGAUGGAGUGUGGCAAGCCAGCCAUGGAGGAGGAGGAGGUCCAGAGGAUCACCGGCUCCACACCAAUUUCGGAGAUUGAUGCUGAGGCAGUGAUGGGGGCAAAAGUGUCCAUAAACGGUGAUGGCCAUGAUCGAGCUGACACUGAUUGUGUUGACGACGAUGAGGUAGACAGAGGCAAAUCAGAGGCACAAUUAGCCAAGGAGAAGAGGGUGAUGUCUACCGAGAAGCUCAUGUUUGAGUCCUUCAGUCGUGACUGGGAGGCUGCGUUUAGCCGACGCAGCGGCCACUUCCUUAACAAGACGACAGUGAGUUCCAUGCAGUUUACACACUUGGCACCUGGGCGCAUCCCAUGGGGCGCUGGCAUAGAACCUGCCGUGCAGAUCUUCUCUGUCAAGCUUACAGAGGUGAAAGGUGGCUUCAAAUUUCCAUUGUCCGUGUAUGGUGUGGUCGCUGCCCGUGAUGGCGUGGACUACAACCGCAACCUUAUCUUCUUUUGCGAUAGGAGCAACUCCCAAGAACUUACUCAAAAUGAUCCUUAUCUGCGCCUGAUCGCCCCGUCUCGCGCUGUUUUGUUUGAGGACUAUGUCAGUUAUGAGGUCCAGCUUAUGGUGAAAGGCAGCGUCAAGUCUCGGGACAGGCCGUUGAUCACAGAUACAUACCGCCAAACCCGAUGCCGUAUUGGUGUAUCCACCAUCUGCUUUCAGAACUGCUUCUGCACGAUGGAGUUACGCUUGGAGCGAUUUCUAGGUUCGGUCCAGGCCACCAUCAUUGGCGUACGUGUCGUCAAAGACAAUGGGGCGUGGCCUUUUGGACAUGGUGUUCGGGUUGCUUGCUCCCCGGCAUCACGGGAACUUAUGGAGGACAGUGAUGGUGAAAUCAAGUAUGUUGCUCAGCCUUCGUCUGGGGAAAUCUUGCUGCUUGAUUCAAAAGAUGGAAGUAGACCUGCGCGUUCAGAUGGAUACCUUUAUCUGUCAAGGCAAGUUGUUUCUGUAGAACCAAGCGGACAGCUGGAAGUUGAAAUACAGGCCUAUGCACCACCUGGCGUUCUCCCUGCAAAAACGCAGGUCUGCUUCGAAGCCCAAGAAUGCAACAUAGAUCGUGGUCGGUGUUGCCUCCUCGGUGCCGAGGUGGAGAUCUCUGUUGCUUGGUCCCGUCUUGCUUUGGACGUGGAGAUGCUUGCGGGUGUUGACAGGGAUUUUCAAAGGGACGAACCAGAGGUUGCGUUCACACAAGUGGGGCUGAAUGGAGAGCCUGACACGGAACGAAUCUUUUAA